AUGCGAGCGGUGGUAUGCCCUCGGGAUCUGCUAAAUGCACUGUGCAAACAUAAAGAGACGUUACGCAUCCUAAACUUAGACCUGGUGUCUCAACAAACGAACACGAUUAGACACAACAAUGAAUCACAUGACGAAUCCAUAGCAGAACUGGCGGAUUUCAUCGUGUUGACUCAUCUAAGACUGGGGAUGGAUUUGUUCCUACGCCUUGCUCGAGGAUUCACCGGCGACAGCGGCGAUGACUUUUAUUUGAUUGAACGUCUACCACCGCAGCUGGAGUGCCUUACAGUCUAUGGGUAUAGACCGGGAAAAAAUGCACUAUGGGAUGAGAUAUUAGAGGAGUUGAAGGAGAUGAUAGUCGAUGGAGACGAAUCUGUGUUUACCCUGCGUGGCGUUGACGAAUACCUUCGACAUCCUGCGAACCCUGAUCCUGAACCGGAGCCCGAGGAAGAGGGGAUUGCAGGGGAAAGUGAAGAUGAGGAUAUAAAAUACAAUUCAGACGCCUCUGAUCGAUCCUGGGAGCUUGCCCCUGGCUGGUACAAGGAGAUGCAUCCGCGUCGACGGAGGAAUGGCGGCUAG